AUGUUUUUUGCAGGAUGCCACCACAAAAACGGCAGCAGCCGCGACUGCCAGGACUUCCAAGUCCGCCCCCACCAGCGAUUGGCUUAUGGUGCCUUAGACUUCGCCAAGACUCCUGUACAGCUGCUGAUCAGCGUGCACCUUCUGACUUUCUACCAGCAGGCUGGUGCGUCGUUGGGAGCCAUUGCCUUCUUCACCUCUACUGCCCGCUGCUUCGAUGUGCUAUCGGACCCGCUGAUGGCUCAGAUCUCGGACGGCUUCUCCUCGCGAUUUGGCCGGCGGCGGCCGUGCCUUCGCAAGACUUUCUGCCAAGCAGCGCUCCUGCUGAGGGGUUUGAGGGGCUUGUCUCUCGGGCUGUAG